GAGCCACAUGAGCUUAAACACAGGUUCUUUCAAUGGUACAUUGUAAGACUAAACUUGCAGCUACUUUAAUUGUUUCUUAACAUAGAAAAAUAAGACAUUUUGCCUGAUAGACAAUGCAAUGUAAUCAAGAAGAGUUGACAGAUUGCAAGCAUGCUGUGCACGUGGCUUUCAACGGUUGCUGGAGGAAUAGUGGUGCUGUGUGUCUCUCUGAAGAUCUUUCUGCCCUACUUCUGGGAAGAUCUGAUCUACUUCUUGAGGCGGAAGAGGUCAAAGGCAACAGUAAAGAAGUGGGCAAAAAAUGGAAUUCUCUCCUUAAUUGAUCUUUUCAUGCAGAGAGUGGAAAAAAAUCCCCACAAGCCAUUCCUUAACUAUGAAGGGAUGGUGUACACUUACCAGGAUGUAGACAGGAGGAGUAACAGGGUAGCACAGGCCUUCCUACACUAUGGGAAUCUGAAAAAAGGGGACACUGUGGCCCUGCUCAUGGGUAAUGGACCUGACUUCAUCCAUGUCUGGUUCGGGCUGGCCAAGCUGGGCUUCGUCGUGGCCUUUCUCAACAUCAACAUCCACUCGAGAUCUCUCCUGCACUGCAUUAAUACGUGCUCAGCAAAAGCACUGGUCAUAGGAGAAGAUUGUUUGGGAUCAAUAGAGAAAGAAUUUAUUUUGAAUCUCUUGGAAAAUAAUGUUGCUGUCUGGCUGAUGAGCACCAGUUCUCCUUCCCAACAUGUUCACACUCUACCAGACAAACUAGACAAGGUGUCUGAAAAUCCUGUUCCAUCUCAUCUUAGAGCUGUCACUGACACAAGAAACACAGCUCUGUAUAUCUUCACAUCGGGAAGCACAGGUUUCCCAAAAGCUGCUAUCAUCACUCAUCUAAGAACUCUGGUUGUAUCCUUAGUAUUUGCUCAGUGUGGUGCAGUUUCUCAGGAUGUUAUGUAUGUCACUCUUCCCUUGUACCACAUCAGUGCUUCACUUCUUGGCAUCGGUGGAUGCAUUCAGUUAGGAGCCACCUGUGUUUUGAAGAAGAAAUUUUCUGCAAGACAGUUUUGGAAUGACUGUAGGAAGCACAAUGUUACCAUGUUUUUAUAUAUAGGAGAACUCUGCCGCUACCUCUGCAAUCAGGCCUGUAAAGAAGAGGACAGAGUCCACGAAGUGCGCAUUGCUCUUGGAAAUGGUAUCAGACCUUCUGUAUGGAAAGAAUUUCUGAUGAGGUUUGGCCCAAUUAAAAUAUUUGAAUUCUAUGGGUCCACAGAAGGAAAUCUUUCUUUCCUGAACUACACCAAUAAAAUAGGAGCUGUGGGCCGUGCUGGCAUCUUCUCAAAGUUUCUACCUUCUUUUGAGUUGUUGAAAUAUGAUAUCUGGAAACAAGAACUUAUAAAAGAUGAAAAUGGAAGGUGUAAUAAAGCCCCCAUAGGUAAACCUGGUCUUCUAGUUUUUCGAGUUACUGAGGAUGCCCCAUUUUCUGGAUAUGUUGGAAAUAAAGAAGCCUCAGAGAAGAAACUCCUGCGCAAUGUGUUUGUGGAAGGAGAUGUGUAUCUUGACACAGGAGACCUCCUAGUGAUGGAUGAGGAUGGGUUUCUCUACUUCAGUGACCGGGUGGGAGACACUUUCAGGUGGAAAGGAGAAAAUGUUGCCACUUCAGAAGUUGCAGAGAUCAUUGGUAUGAUGGAUUUUGUCCAAGAAGUUAACGUUUAUGGCGUAAGCAUAAAAAAUUAUGAAGGAAGAACAGGGAUGGCUGCUAUUGUGCUUAAACGUUACCAUACCUUUAAUGGAGAAAGACUUUAUAAGCAUGUUGAGGACUUCCUUCCAAGUUAUGCCCAACCACGCUUUGUGAGAAUAAUGGAUGUUAUGCAAAUUACUGCAACUUUCAAGCAUCAGAAAAUCCAUCUGGUAAAUGAAGGAUUUAAUCCAGAAAUUAUAUCUGAACCUCUGUAUUUCAUGCAUGAACCUGCACGUUCCUAUAUUCCUUUGACAAGAGAGAUAUACCAGAAGGUGCUUUCUGGUGAAAUACGUUUAUAAAGCAUAGAAAUAAAAUUACUCUAUAAUACAGAAAAUUUUAGAUAUGUUACUGAAACCAUUUCAGCAGGAACCACUACACAAUAUUUGUUAUAAAAAUAUAAGAUAUUCAAAUUAAUCUUAUUGUGAUAAAAUCUGUCACUUCCAAAGACACAGGCAGAAUAGUUAUGUGCAUUGUGUAAGCUGCACUGCAUCUGCUCAUAUUAUUUCCUCAUCCAUGGGCUCACAUAUGCAAAUUUUAUUUUACAUUUCUCACUGAUUCAAAUUAUUUCUAAGUCACCAUUAUCUUAAUCUAGUUGAAUAUUUUAAACCCUUACAUUAUUAUUCUGACUCUGCUUUUGAAAUUAAUAAAUAAUAAGAUAAAUAAUGUCCUAGGAAUGAAGGAAACGAGCCAUCAGAAACAUAAGUGAAAUACUGCACUGCACAAGCACUGCCUAUAGACCUCAGUUCAAUUUUUUAUAAUUACAUAAUGUAAUAUUUAAUCACAAUAUUUUAUGUGAUGCUCAACUUCAGACUUUUAUGGAAAAUAAACAUUGAAUUGUGAAAUAUACCUGUAGUAUUUAGUGUAUUUUAUUUUCCACAACUUACACCACAUCUAACACAGAUUAUUUGCAAAAAUUCACACUUGAUGGUAUGUCAUCUCUUCUUUUACUUACCAGUUUUAAUAUUCCUGAAGCUGAGUUCUCAUGAAAACUGGACAAAAUUUACCAUGUCUUCUAGCUUUUACUGGAAGUGAACACCUAUAAACUGUUAAAAGGAGCUAGAAAGUUUCAAAGGCAGAAUCAGAUAUGAGAAUAUAACAUUAGCAUACCUGUUGGAUGUACUUUCCUUGAGAAAAGUGUCAUUUUCUCUCUUUGUUUGUAUUAUGAAGAUGUACUAUACACUACUGUCUUACUGUCUGUUAUUUCUUCUUUUCUUCUUCACCCUUUUACUCUCUACAUUUAAUUCCUUCCCAACAUUCAGUCUUCAGAAGAGGUUAAAACAGAGCACAGGAUGUCACAUUUACCAAGAUCUAAGAAGGAGAUGGUUGAGGAAUAAGUUUCUUACACCACAAAAUUACUAUGAUUUCAAGAUUCAGAAGCAAUGUCCCAUGCAUGUGUGGAGAAGGAUGAGUACCUAUAACUCUUCUAAAUCUAAAUCCUUUUCUUUCUCACCUGUUGUGUUUUGGGCUUUCAAUGGAUCCCUCCAAAGAGGAUAUGAGAAGAAAACUAAGAAAGUGAACAACUGUUUUUGCUACAGCAUUUUAGAAAGCUAAUAUUUUAGAAUUGAACCCAGUUAUACCAGUUAAUAAAGUGGCAUUCCACACAGAAGACACAAUUGGUGAAAACAAUGAGAGGGAAGACAGCAGCAACAUGAAAUGAAAUCUGGCUUUAAUGCUGAUCAUGUACUUACAAGAGUCUACAAGUUUACAACUCAAUCUUUUGAGUGGAUACUCCUCUCUGGAAGGUUAAGCUUUUUUAAUAUUUAAGUUCUAGACCAAAUGUUCCACAAAGCAGAAUGCAGAUUAC